AUUUAACGAUAGCCAUUGAUCAAAGAGCUUAGGUUAGGUAGAAGCAGGAAAAAGCUGUUUACCUUUUCCUCUCGGAUUCCUCCUCAGUCUCUCUAAUCGCCAUGGCUCUGCAAGUAUGGGAGACGCUGAAGGAGGCGAUCGUGGCCUACACAGGCCUCUCUCCCACCACUUUCUUCACAGUAUUGGCUCUUGGCCUUGCAAUUUACUAUGUGAUUUCUGGUUUCUUUGCUUCCUCCGACGCCGGAUCCCGCUCUAGGGAUAUUGGGGAGCCGCUGCAGCCUCUGCCUCCGCCGGUUCAGCUCGGUGAGAUUUCUGAGGAAGAGUUGAAGCAAUACGACGGCUCCGAUCCCAACAAGCCUCUUCUCAUGGCUAUCAAGGGCCAGAUCUACGAUGUAUCUCAGAGCAGGAUGUUCUAUGGACCUGGAGGGCCCUAUGCCCUUUUUGCUGGAAAGGAUGCCAGCAGAGCUCUUGCAAAAAUGUCUUUUGAAGAUAAAGAUCUGACUGGCGAUAUCUCUGGUCUCGGUCCGUUCGAGCUUGAUGCCUUGCAGGACUGGGAAUACAAAUUCAUGAGCAAAUAUUCCAAAGUUGGGACACUCCAGAAGCCAGUAGCUGAAGCUGAUGCCAAUGCCGCACCUGCUGCUGCUGGUGAACCUGCAGAAUCGACCACUGCAGAAGUUAGCAAGCCCGCCGAAGACAGUACCUCUGAAUCUCGAGCUGUUAAAGCUGAAGAUACCCCUGCUGCUAAUGUCGAAUAAUAUUUUGCAGACUGCAGAGCCCCCAUCCGAAGGAUAUACGAGAAGAGAACGAUGUAUGCAUGCUAGUGUUUCAGUAAUCUUGUUUAAUAGAUAUGUUAAAUCUAGUUGUGUAGGAUGAUGUUAUUACAGCUGGGGGGUAAGUCAAGACUUGGUUUAUGUUUUACUCUUUGUUCAAUAAACAUCUGACAGUGAGAUAGUAUUUGAUUUGGAAAUGGGGUCCCUGAGGCUCUCUUCCCAUUUUCUUUGAUUUGAUCUGAUUGGAACUCAAAGUUCGAACAAUGAAUAACAAUAAAAAGGAGAGAAGCAAGUAAUGUA